AUGCAUCCCGAAUUGAAGAAUACCUGGACCCCCGCAGUCAAUGUCUUGACCUGGUUCAUGCUAGUGACGGCGAUUUUGAGUGUCUUAACUCGGCUUGGGACAAAGUAUCUCUUCUUUCGCAAGUUUACCUUCGAUGAUGGACUUGCCGCGGCAUCGAUCGUCUUUUGUAUCGCGGAGUCCAUAGCAGUGUCUCUGGCGACGGCAAAUGGCCUCGGUCAGCACUACAGGCUGUUGGCUGAGAUCAAGGUGGACAACAUGAUGAAGUCUGAGUUCGCCGCGAUCAUUCUAUUCAUUGCCAGCAUAUGUUGCUCCAAACUGUCGUUGCUGGUAUUUAUCCGCAAUCUGACUCCGGCAUCCUUGGACCGUCGCUUUGCUCUUGUGCUGGGAAUAUUGAUUGGACUCUGGGCCAUCAUCGGCAUUAUCACGGCUUCGUUUCAGUGCCAUCUGCCGCGCACUUGGGACUACAUGAACGGGACUUGCUUUGAUCGGAGCGCUUGGUGGAACUAUCUCGGGAUCACAAACGUUUUAUCAGAGGCUGGAAUCAUUGCUCAAGCCUUGCUAGUCAUCAUUCGCAUCCAGACAGACUUCCGCAGAAAGGCUGGCCUUUUCAGUGUAUUCUUCAUCCGAGUCGUUGUCGUUGUCGCGAUCAUUUGCCAACUUGUCUACGCCAGCAAGUCAUUUUCGUCGGAAGACCCAUCGUUGGAUACCUGGACAGUCGCCGUCUCUACACAGAUGGCCCAAGCAUUGAGCAUAGUCACGGCGUGCUCCCCACAAUUCAAGCCUUUCCUAGACAAUCUGCGGUCGUCCGGGAUGAGUCUUGAAAUGUCGAGCUCCAACGGCUAUGGUAGUAAGCACAAGACCUACGGCAUGACUACCUUCAGAGCAACCCGUCGGACUCAGGACACUCGAAGCGAGACCCAUGAGCUCGUCUCAAUGCCGCGCGAAGGAACCCACCACACGUUGGUCACAUCGGCGCCGGACGACGAUGCCGAAAGCCAGUCUAGCCAGUCUCACAUUAUCGUGGAGACUCGGACUUGGACUGUGACCGAGGACCUUCGGCAAUGA